ACCACGCGUGCAUCAUAGCAACCACACUUUCUCACUAAACACAGGCCAGCAAGCGUACGAUAUUCCGUCCAAAAUGCCGCUAAUCGUAAAGGAUUACACAUGGACACAAACCGAAACGACCGUAUACAUCAGCAUACCAUUGAAGGCGGUGAAAACGGCAAACGUCGACGUACUUUGCACAGACGAGUACCUAAAGGUUAGUUUCCCUCCGUAUUUGUUUGAAGCUUUCUUUUUCCAGCCAAUAGAGGAUGACAAAAGUGUGGCGAAAAUUGGAAACGGUGCUGCAGUUUUUACACUGCCAAAAAAGGAAAGCGGCUUGUGGGAACAUCUCUGUAGAAGUAUUGACAAAGAUAAGCAAAGAGAGAACAGAGAAGAAGCCGUUCUCAAAACACAGGAGAAGUCUGCAGAGAAGUCGAAAGCCAAAGCUACGAGGACCCAGCAGGAAAAGAAGUACACCCUGGAGACCAUGAUGAAGCUGGAGGAAGAGGAGCGAGCGAGUAUUCAGAGGAUGAAGGACGAAGAGUGUGCAAGAGCCACAGUGGAACUCGAGGCCUGGAAGGAGAAGCAGAGGAAAAUGGUCGAGGAAGAGGAGGCUCGACGAAGGAUGCAAGGAACCACCACACACAACGACAAACAUGUACAUCAGCUAAAGAAGCCUACUGAAGCGCAUGUGCUGAGGACUGGAGGUGAGGUGAGCUGCAGGCGUGAGCUCGGACGUGCGGCGUCCACAGCCCCCAGGGAGGCGGGCUGCAUUAAGAUCAGCUUCACGCCGCGGGUCUUCCCCACGGCCCUACGAGAGUCCCGCGUACCUGAGGAGCAGGAGUGGCUGAGGAAGCAGGUGGAGGCGAGACGGGCAGCAAAUGCUGAUCUUGCUCAGCUAGAAGAUCUGAAGGAGGAGGAGAGGAACCCUGACUGGCUGAAGGACAAAGGAGAUGCUUUUUUCAGGCUGGGGAACUACCAGGCUGCAGUCAAUGCCUAUGACUUGGCCAUUAAACUCAACAGACACAUUCCUGCUUUGUUCUCCAAUCGAGCAGCUUGUCACCUGAAGAUGAGAAAUCUCCACAAAGCAAUUGAGGAUAGUUCUCGGGACUUCAGGACUACCAAGCUGCCCUCCAGAUCGACCCACACAACCAGGCUCUGCGGGCAGAUGCCAACAAGAUCCGUGAGGUCGUCCAAGGGACAACACCCAGCUCAUAAGGAGGGCUGGCGUUCUGCAAAGACCGUUAAGACUGUUUCUGGUGUGUUACACUUCAGACGUAACUUCCAGUCAGUGUCAUAAAUUACAGGCUGCAUGCACUACACCAUGAACUUCAAAACGGUGCCUUUUUGUCAAAUACUAUACCAUACACACCCUAGUGUUACACAGAGGUUUCCUGUUUGUCUUUCUUUAACACACAUGCUUCCUCAUGACUGUUAAUGAACCACUUCACUUCUUCAUAAGCUGAGUCCUGGCCUAUGAAACACAGGAAAUAGUCAUUCUUAAUCCCAGUGCAUAUACAGCACCUGACAGCUCACGGAAGACCCAUUAGUUAUGAGGUAAGUCGUGUUACAGAGAGGAAUACACACACACACACACACACACAAAUAUGUAGUGUACAGGGUCUCCAGGCCUGAUAUUACAAACCACCACCCUAAACUGAACAGUGCUGUGGUCCAGACCAGAGUUCCAGAACAAGAACAUAGAGUUGCAUGUGCUAGAUGCAUUUACACCAUCUGUGACGCACAUUGGCUCAUGGGACCCUCACUUUGUAAUAAAAAGUAGUUUGCUUCCUUGACCGCCAAAUUCUGUGUGUUUGUUUAAUUUCAAAAUACAUUUCUCUUAAAUACAUUUAAGGCGUUUUAGAGCAUUACAUUUUAUUACACUCUAGAAAACAAAAGAACACCAAUACUAAUGUUCAAGACGUACGAUAUUUAAAAAUGUAAGAUAUUAAAAGACAUGAACUUGAAA